UUGAAAUUUCUUUGGGAGCAAUUUUGUGUUAGUUUGUACUGUCAAUUCUAAGUACUACUUUUCGAAAUUUCAAAGAAAUUCAUUUUUUUCUUAAAACAGAAUAUUAUACAAAGGGUGGGAAACCUUGGCAGCUCCAUUGUUGGCGAGGAUUCAAUUCCCCACCUUGUAAUCUCCUUUCCUCUUUUCCCUUUACCUACCCCAUUUUUUUUGAAAACAGGAUGUCAUACAAGUUUCUAUAAAUACAAAAGAUUAAUAUUUGAUAUCUUGAAUUACAUCCUCUCUAUUCCUUCAAAAUUUAUUUUGUUUCAAUUCCUUUCAAUAUUGACUUGAUGGCAGCUUAUACUGCUGUAAUAUCUCUUCUUCAAACCCUUGAUCAAAGAAAUAUUCCAGAACUCUCUCAUGGUCACACUGCUAAAACACUCGAUUCUCUUCAUGCUACUGCUGAAUAUUUUCAACAUGUUCUUGAAAAAAUUAGCUUUCACCCUGAAAAGAUCAAAUCUUUGGAAGAAAAAAUUAGAGUUGCUUCUAGUGAGACAGAAGAUGUUGUUGAAAUGAAGAUUACUCAAAUCAUCAAAGGCUCAAGCUGGACAUUUGGAAUUUUACAACACCAGGAUUUGCUAUCAGUUGUUGAAAAAAUGGAUACAACAAAGAAACAAGUGAUGGAGAUUGUUUCACAUGAUACUGAUGAUCAAGUUGUUGAAUUAUCCGGGGAUUCCUUGAUUGGCACUUCUUCUACAAGUUAUCCAAUGUUGGAAGAUGAUACUGUGAAGGGACUUGAUGAUGACUUGGAGAUCAUAAUUAAUAGGUUGAUAGGACGAUCACGGGAUCUAGACGUUGUCACAAUAUCAGGCAUGGGUGGCAUUGGCAAAACAACACUCGCUAGAAAAGCUUAUGAUCAUCUUACAAUCAGGUAUCGCUUUGACAUUCUUGCUUGGGUUACAAUAUCUCAAGAAUUUCGGUGUAGAAAUGUAUUGUUAGAAGCUUUACGUUGCAUUUCAAAGCAAACAGUUAGUUUUAAAACAAAAGAUUACGAUGAGAUGGAUGACAAUGAGAUAGCUGACCUAGUGCAGAAAAAACUAAAGGGUCGAAGAUACAUUGUUGUUGUUGAUGAUAUUUGGAGUAGGGAUGCUUGGGAUAGUAUAAGAGGAAUAUUUCCUAAUUACAACAAUGGAAGUAGAAUCUUAUUGACUACUAGGGAAACUGACGUAGCGAUGUACGCAAAUACUAGUAGCCCUCAUGAGAUGAGCCUUUUGAGUUUAGAAAACGGUUGGAGGUUACUUUGUGAUAAGGUGUUUGGAGCAAAAUAUGAUCAUCCUCCUGAAUUGGAAGAAAUUGGUAAGGAAAUAGUAGAAAAAUGUAAAGGACUACCCUUGACAAUCUCAAUGAUUGCGGGACAUCUCUCUAAAGUGGCCAGGACAUUAGAAGGCUGGAAGGAUGUUGCCCGAAACUUGAGUGAAAUCAUUGCUAGUCAUCCAGAUAAAUGCAUGGGAGUGCUCGGUUUGAGUUACCACCACUUGCCUAAUCGCCUCAAACCUUGCUUUCUUUCUAUGGGUGAUUUCCCAGAAGAUUUUCAAGUUGAUACUCGGAGAUUGAUCCAAUUAUGGAUUGCAGAAGGUUUCAUAAGGACGUCUGGAAGUGGUAAAAGUUUGGAGGAAGUGGCGAUAGAUUAUUUGGAGGACCUUAUUAGUAGGAACUUGAUACAGGCUAGAAAGAGGAGAUUCAAUGGUGAGAUAAAAGCAUGUGGAAUACAUGAUCUACUGCGUGAUUUCUGUUUAAUAGAAGCUGAAAUGACAAAGCAUAUGCAUGUAGAGAGAACUCACCCUACCCUUCCAACACAAAAGCAUAAUGUUCGUCGCUUCAGUUUUCAAACCAAAUCUUAUUCAGUUGAUGAUUGCUAUAAGCUAUUACCCCCUGUUGCCAGAUCUAUAUACUUAUUUUCUCGGCUGAAUCUACCUCUUGACCAUAUUAAGCUUCACAGGAGAUUGCCCCGUCAUUCUAUAAUACAUGACUUUUUCUCUCGUUUCAACCUUCUCAGGGUAUUGUCCAUCUUCAAUGAAUAUGUAAAGUUCAAGUCAUUUCCACUUGUGAUUACAAAGUUGUUUCAUUUGAGAUAUCUCCAAGUUCGAUUUGGUGGCAAUAUUCCUGAAUCUAUCUUAGAGCUUCAAAAUUUGCAAACUCUAAUUUGUAGUGGUCGUACUUUACCUGGGAAGAUAUGGAUGAUGAAGAACUUGAGGUAUAUACGCCUGGAGGGACCCUCUUAUUUACCCAGUCCUAGAACAGAAAGUCUUGUGACAGGGAUGCCAAAGCUAGAGGAACUUUCUGGUCUUUGUUACACCAGUUGUACAAAUGAAGUCUUUUCUGGCAUUCCCAAUGUAAAGAGAUUGAUCAUUCAUGUACCUGAGUACAAACAAGAAUUUCCCGACCGGCUAUUGGAUAUGUCCAGAUUGACAAAACUCGAAGCAUUCAAGUUUAACGGGUCACCGUUUUUGCAAGACACCAUCAAGAGAUUUGUUUUUCCAACAUCACUUAGGAGGUUGUCUUUAAGUUUGUGUUGUAAUUUUGUUUGGGCAGAUAUAUCAUCAACUUUUAUGAUGUUGCCAAAUCUUGAAGAGCUCAAAUUUAAAGAUUGUCGAGCAUCAAGUCAUGAAUGGAGUUUGAGUGAUAAAGAUAAGUUCAAAAGCUUGAAGUUGUUGUUACUGGAGGUCAUAUGUCUUGAGCGUUUAGAAGCUAGCAGUGAUAACUUCCCAAAUCUAAAACGCCUCGUUCUGAAGGGUUGCUUCUAUCUGCAAGAAAUUCCAGCAGAUUUUGGGGAAAUUUGUACUUUGGAAUCAAUUGAGUUACAUGAUUGCAGCACUACCGCUGAGGAUUCUGCAAGAAAUAUUGAACAAGAACAAGAGGACAUGGGAAAUAAUUCCCUUAAGGUUUACAUCCAUAACAGUCUCGAGAAUAGUUGUUUCAUUUGAGAUAUCUCCAAGUUCCAUUUGACAGAGAAGAUAUUCCUGAAUCAAUCUCAGAGCUUCAGAAUUUGCAAACUCUAAUUUUUAGAGUUAGUUAUUCCAACGAUACAACUUUAUGAAGAUAUGGAUGAUGAAGAACUCUGGAUGGACCCUCUUAUUUACCCAGUCCUAGAACAGAAAGUCUUGUGACACAGAUGGCAAAUCUACAGGAUUUUUCUGGUCGUUGUACAAAUGAAGUCUUUUCUGGCAUUCCCUAUCUAAAGAGAUUGAUCAUUCAUCUAUUAUGCAUUGGGAAUCACUGGUUUCACACUUUGAAUCUAUUUUCCUCUGUUCAACUAUAUAAGUGUUUUUCAUUGAUGGCCGGUGCUUUCACACAUUGUCCGUCAAAUGAGAACCUCACCGAUCCAUGAAAACCAUCAAAGGGGUGCUUAUAACUUUGGCUUGGUGGAAUUUAACACCAUUUUGUAUGCAUUUCUGCAUCAUUUUCGAUUUCAACUGCUUCCGGUUAACCUUACUGUAAGGUCUAUCAAACAGAGAAUUCUGCCUCUGAAACUUGCUGCCCCACCACCAACCUCAGCAAGAUUUACAACAACCCCUUCUGAAGGGUCAUACAUAGGAAGCUCAAAAUCAAGUUAUGUCCAAGUACUCCAAUGAUCUCGGUUCUCUCGCGUGGACACCUUGAUACUAAUUAAAUUACUAGUUUUGAGAAAGUGUGUUGCACGUUUGACCCCUACUGCUGUAUAAAAUUUAGAUAGGCCUAACUCUCAUAGAA